AUGGCGCGCUCUCAGUCAAAGUCCCGGCCGGGCAGCAGCGAGCUCGACAUGUGGUCUACUUUGCUGGACAAAGUGGCCAGCGGCAAAAAGCUGCCCGACAAGAAGUUGAUUGUCCUGGGCGGCUCCAUGGACUCGCAGCGCGACUUUGUCGACUCCCUGGCACAACAGCAGCAGCAAAAGACGUCUCGCCUGAGGAAGCCCGACCAGAAGAAUGCUGCGCCUGUACUCGCCACCCGCUUUGGACUGGGCUAUACCUACCACAAUGUCCUGGACACGGAUCACGAGGACAUGGUUGCGAGACUGUCGCUCUACACCCUGACCACUCCUGACAAGCAGUAUGCGCCUCUGCUGACCCGUCUGCUCACUCCCGAUGCCAUCCCUAAUACCGCUGCUGUCAUCCUACUCGAUUGGGCAAAGCCAUGGGACUUUAUUCACACACUCCGCCAAUGGGUGCGUUUGCUCAACCUCGUUACCUCCUCUCUCGACGAAUCCGCCCAAGCCGCCCUCCAAGAGAACAUUUCCGCAUGGCAGCACCGCCGCGACCGCGAUAUCGCUACUUCCAUGACCGACAACCACACCCCUCUACCUCUAGGUCCCGGCGAGCACGACGACCCACUAGGUCUACCCCUUCUGGUAGUCUGCCAGAACGCCCAACACAUCGAAUCCCUCGAGAAAGAGCGUGGAUACCGCGAGGCACGUUUCGACUACGUUCUGCAAUUUCUACGAACUGUCCUGCUCAAACACGGUGCCGGUCUCGUCUACACCAUGCCCGCCCAACCAGGCUCACUACAACCCCUCGUCCACCACGCCUUAGACAUCAAUACAUCGCCCGACGGCCCACCGAAACACAACGUCGUCGACCGUGACAGAGUCCUCGUACCACCCGGCUGGGACAGCUGGGGCAAAAUUCGCGUCCUACGCGAAGGCUUCGACGUCGAAGGCAUCAGCCGUGCCUGGGGCGUAGAAAUCCAAGACCUGCCCUCGAUCCCAAACUCCCCUACUUUACCCUCAACACCAGAGGAGCAAACCACAGGCGGAGCAGCAGAAACCUCGCUCGCAGCAGAACAAGAUACCACUGUCUCCCUCUACGAACAACAGAUCCAAAACCCGUAUCCACCUGCUCCAUCACAGCCAAAGUUGGAAGUGGAAUGUACGCCCGAUCAAACCUUCCUUGCCGCUCAAGCAGAGAGUCUAGAUCGUUAUCGUGCCGAAGACGAAGCAGCGAAAAAGGCUCGCGAUGCCCGUCGUGUGGCCAAUGGAGCAGGUACACCCACAAGCACAUCCACCGACGAAACAGGGGCCAAAGCAAUGGCCGAGCAUGUAGGCCCUGUGCAGUUCAACAUGGGCGGUAUCCAAUACGACGCCGAUGAGGUGCUGAGACGCUUAAAGCCAGCUGCAAACGCAAGUCCAGGUGGUGCCACAACACCAUUCAGCCCUCAAUCGCCUCCACCGCCGUCUUCGAGUGGCACGACACAGGACGUUACCAAAGACUUACCUACAGAGAACCUGGAAGCCUAUUUCGCGAGUUUGAUGAAAGGUGGAAGGGGCGCCAACAGUACUCAGAACAGCCCGCGACCUACGAGGGAUGCUGGCGUGUAG